AUGGACAUUGAGUGGAACUACAAGGCUCUCGUGUAUCUUCUGCUGUUGCUUGCAAUGCCAAUAUGCCAAGGCGCCAGAUUUACCCUGCUGCUAGCAAUGCCCAACACCUCCACAUAUUUUAGCGUUGGCCGCAUUGGAGCUGCAGCUCUCAUCGCCAUUGAUGCAGUCAACCGCAGUCCAGAUCUAUUGCCAGGACACCAGCUUGACUAUCACUAUGUGGAUGAAGAAUGCGAUGAUCUGGUAGGACCAGGGAGGAUUGUGGCUCUGCAGCUCAAGAACAAGUACAGUGCCUUUAUUGGUCCCUGCUGCUCAAACGUAUGCGCAGUUACUGCCAAGCUAGCAGCUUACUGGAACAUUGCCAUGAUUAGUCCCAUAUGUGCAGAACAGCAAUUUUUAGAUAAAAAGGCAUUCCCCACACUGACGAGGGUGUUAGGGCCAUUUACAAAGCUGGGGACCUUCUUUGUGAAAAUCUGUAAGCAGUUUGGCUGGCAGCGAAUUGGCAUCAUCCACAGCGGUGAUUCAACAUGGACCAUUCCAGCAGAGGGGAUUAGGUACCAGGCUGAGCAGAAUAACAUCACAGUGGCUAAGUACUUGGAGAUUGAUGGUGCUAUCCAAAAUUCUCUCUUGCAGUCAUGGGUUCUUACAGAGAUUGCCAGUAUGUCUCGCAUCAUAGUAAUAUCAGCAAAUGGAAUGAUGGUGCGCAGCUUAAUGAUCGAAGCUCACCAGAGAGGUCUGACCAACGGAGAAUACAUCUUCUUCUGUUUUAAACCCUACAACCAGAAAGAGAUGUUUGGUAGCUUUGACUGGAACCAAGGAGAUGAUGAUGACUCAGUGGCUAAGCAGGCCUAUUCGGCACUUUUCCUCCUGUCCAUGUACAAGCCUGAUGAUGAACGUUACAGGGUCUUUGCAGAAAAUGUCAUCAGCAGGUCGAAACAGGAUUUUGGCUACAUAUAUGAACCUCAUGAGAAGGUAUCAAUUCUGGCAGCCAUCGCUCAUGACAGCGUUUGGCUAUAUGCUCAAGCAUUACAUGAAACCUUAGCAGAAAACGCUAACCCGUUUGAUGGUUUUGCUGUUACCCGCCGGAUGUGGGAUAGAACCAUUACAGGUAUCCAAGGAGAUGUGACGAUAGACACUAGCGGAGACCGGGAGCCAGCUUAUAUGCUGAAACACAGCCAGGGUAGUGACAACCAAUGUCAGGUCAUUGCUAAUUAUUUUGGGACUCGUAAUGUGUAUGAGGCAGUGACGGGAGUUCAGAUUAGCUGGCCAGGGGGUAAAUCUAGUCCCCCUAAAGAUUCUCCUGGAUGUGGAUUCAAAGGAGAGCUCUGUAACAGAUUUGAAAGAAAAUUUUCUAUUGCUGUGGGCAUUAUUGUGGGCUUGAUUGCCACAGGAACUCUUGCAGUCUGCAUUUUAUACAGGAAGUACAAACUUCAGAAGAAAGCCUCCAUGAUGCUGUGGAAGAUUGAUGCCAGAGAUGUUAUCAUAAUGGAGCCUUGCUGUUCGACUUUAGCAGACAAGACCCAUGUGCUUGAACACAAAUCCAUACAAGCCUCACUGGAGUCCAUUAUCGGCAGCAUGCGAGACAGACCGUGUGCCCACCGAACUGCCAUUUAUAAUGGAACUAUUUGCUGUGUCCGCUUCUUGACUGCCAAAAGUGUGCAUCUCAGCACUGAAGUUCUAACUGAACUUAAACAGUGCAGAGAUUUGACCCACCAGAACAUCUGUAAGUUCAUCGGAGCCUGUCUGGACCUACCUGAUCCUUUAAUUUUGACUGAAUACUGCCCUAAAGGAAGUCUUCAGGACAUUUUGGAGAACGAAUCCAUUAAGUUGGACUGGAGCUUCAAAUGUUCCCUCAUGUUGGAUAUUGUAAAGGGCAUGGAUUACCUCCACCGCAGUCCACUGCAUUCCCACGGCCGACUGUCCUCUUCCAACUGUGUGGUGGAUAGCCGCUUUGUUCUAAAAGUCACCGACUUUGGCCUCAGCUCUCUGAGACACUUUGAGACAACGGAUGACUGGAACUUGCUGUUAUGGAGGGCUCCUGAGCUUUUCAGGCAGCCCAUGCCUGCUAAUGGCACUCAGAAGGGGGACGUCUACAGUUUUGGCAUCAUUGCUCAGGAAGUGGUUUACCGCAGAGGGCCCUUCUUUAUCCCCGACAGCUCCCUGAAGACGAGAGAGAUCGUGGAGUUGGUGAAGCAGGGGGGCAGCAGGCCUCUGCGGCCACAUGUCGAUGCCUCUGAAUGUGAAGAUGGAGUGGAGGCUCUGUUACAGAGCUGCUGGGCAGAAAAUGCAUCUGAGAGACCAGACUUCUCCUCUCUCAGAACCACUGUCAAGAAAAUGUGUCCCAGCGGUGAGAACAUCCUGGACGAUUUGUUGUUGCGUUUGGAGCAGUAUGCGUGCAAUUUGGAGGAGGUGGUGAGUGACCGAACAGCUCAGCUACAAGAGGAGAAGAAGAGAGCCGAAGGUCUUCUUACACAGAUGUUGCCACGAUCAGUGGCUGCGCAGCUUAUAGCUGGAAAGACGGUUCGUGCUGAGACCUACGACUGUGUCACCGUUUAUUUUAGUGACAUUGAGGGCUUCACAGCGAUGUCCGCCUCCCUCACACCAAUGCAGGUUGUGAACAUGCUCAACGACUUGUACACAUAUUUUGACCACAUCAUUGAUAACCAUGAUGUUUAUAAGGUUGAAACUAUAGGCGAUGCUUACAUGGUGGUGUCAGGCCUUCCCAUAAGAAAUGGAGACGAGCAUGCCAGGGAGGUUGCCAGAAUGUCAUUAGCCAUAGUGCAGGGCAUGCAGCACUUUCACAGCACAAAUGUUCCUCGGCAGCAACUGAAGGUCCGCAUAGGAAUCCAUUCAGGACCAUGUGUGGCCGGUGUCGUGGGUCUGAAAAUGCCUCGAUAUUGUUUAUUUGGAGACACUGUCAACACAGCCUCGAGGAUGGAGUCAUAUGGUUUACCUUUGAAAAUUCAUCUGAGCAGUUCCACUAAAUAUCUGCUGGACACCUUCAAGACCUUCCAGUGUGAAUUAAGAGGAGACAUACACAUGAAGGGGAAAGGUCUGGUGAGGACAUACUGGCUUCUAGAAGAGGAACGCUAAAUAUCCUGUUUUUCCUCUUAUUACUUCUAAGAUUUGAUCUGAAAAAGUUGUUUUUGUACAAGACUGUCAAAUGUUUCAUGUUUUCAUUAUGUUUUCCUAUUAGUGUUACUGCAGUAUUAUGGUUCACUGAGCAAAUUUCUUAAAAAACCCAUUUCCCCCCCACAUGACUGUUCAACAGUAAUGCGUCGACAUUAUUGCAAAUAACGUUUUAGAUCCUUGAUUGAGGUCUAAUUUCACACAGUAGCAAUGCCAUAUUCAAAGUAAAUUACAUUUCGAAUAAACAAAAUGAAAGAGAACUUUUUUCCAUAAAAAGAAAACAAGAAGGUUUAUUAAGGUUUAUUAAAUCAUAUUUAUAUUCCAACCCUGAUCAGGCACUGUAGAACAGCUUUUACAUUCUGUUGUGUACAUGUUUUAAAGUCUGUUAAUAAUCGUAUAUGCAAUAAUUCUGUUUUUUUGUUUUUAAUUGAU